GUGGGCGGCUGGUAGGAAGCGCGCCGGCGCGACGUUUGUGCGCGCGGGGCCGCGCGGCCGGGCGCGUCGCGAUCUCGGGACCCACGCCUGCGGCCGCGCUUCCCCACGGCAGCGAGCGAAGCUCUUGUCGCCGCAGAGCGCCGGUGUCGGGGCGGGCGGAGAGCCAACCCUUACCCGGAAUGCUCAGGGCCAGAAGUGGUUUGGAAUUGGAAUGUUUUUGCUUGGACGCGAGGUAUCUUGGGAGUGAGUCCCAAGUUUAAAACAAAAGUAAAUUUGCUUCUUGUACACAUAAGAGGAAGGCCCAAGAGGAGCUCAAGCUGCAAGAAUUCUAAGACCUCUGGUACCACUGGUUGAAACUUCAGCUCAGAGAAGAAAUCAGCCCUCUCACAACCCAGGAAACUCUCCUCUGUCAGUACAAAUGGAACCUGUGGAGAUUCAGGACAAUUCUGGAACAACUGCUCACAUGGUAAAGAGAUGGCAUUUGUGAAGAGUGGAUGGUUACUGCGACAGAGUACUAUUUUGAAGCGCUGGAAGAAGAAUUGGUUUGACCUGUGGUCAGAUGGUCACUUGAUCUAUUAUGAUGAUCAGACACGGCAGAGUAUUGAGGAUAAAGUCCAUAUGCCAGUAGACUGCAUCAACAUCCGCAUAGGGCCUGAGUGCCGAGAUAUUCAGCCUCCAGAUGGGAAGCCAAAAGACUGUCUGCUUCAGAUUGUUUGCCGAGAUGGGAAGACGAUCAGUCUUUGUGCAGAAAGCGCAGAUGAUUGUUUGGCUUGGAAACUUACACUGCAGGAUUCCAGAACAAAUACGGCGUGUGUGGGGUCUCCUGUCCUGCCGGAAGAGACUGUUGCAGCUUCCCCGCCCCCUCCUUACAUGGCCUAUGCUGCACAGACUGCGGAGCAAGCAUAUGGCUAUGGUUCAUAUGGUGGUGCAUACCCGAUGGGAACUCAGGUUGUCUAUGCUGCGAAUGGGCAUGCGUAUGCCGUACCUUACCAGUACCCAUAUGCAGGACUCUAUGGACAACAGCCUACCAACCAAGUCAUCAUUCGUGAGCGGUAUCGAGACAGUGACAGUGACCUGGCCCUCGGCAUGCUGGCUGGAGCGGCUACGGGCAUGGCCCUAGGAUCUCUUUUCUGGGUCUUCUAGAGUCCUUAAGAUCUUCUACAUGCAUAGCUUCUGAUAAUCCUGUGUGCAAUAAUAUGAUUUACAGGGCAUUUUUGUUUGUUACAUAUGUUUUUAAUAAUAGUUUUAAUAGUUCUUUUGGAGAUAGUUACUUGAUAAUUAUAGUUAAUCCGUGCAAAUACUACAGAGUAGGGCUUACAGUGUAUUGUUUAGCUAAAACAUUGGUCUCUGGGCACAUAGGCUAAUUCCCAGACUUUGUGGAGAGACAUUUUCUUCUCAGUUUAGGUGUAGUGCUUAAGGGAUAAUAUAUUUUCUUGUGAUGCAAAUAAUGUAGUGAUAAGUGAGUGAGUGAGUGAUUGUGGUAAGACAUACUGCUGCUUCUUUUGGUUUAACUUCAAACUUUAGAACCUUAGAUCAGAACUCGUUGCUUGCUGCCUCGAGUGGUGGACUGGGGAGCUGUGGGUAGCUUCCUGAGGCAGUGGUACUCCUGGGAGCUCUAUGGUCUGCUUCCUCACAAGGCGGAUUGCACAAGGCUGACCCUCUGCUCUCCCACCCUUUAAAUGUGAAACAGUGCUUCUCAAACCUGCUUAAUUCUAGAGCCACUGAUUCUUAUGUUGUUCCUAUUUGUUUUUCAUAGUGAUAUUUGGAAAACAUCUCAAAUUAGGAAUUGAUAUGAGAAAAGUCAAAGAGAAGGCAGUAUAAUAAGUAAUAUCAAGGUUGAUUUGCAUUAUUGAGAGCUGUAUUUUUUUAGUGUCUGAUUUAGGAAUAUUUAUUGCUGGCUAAACCCACUUAUAGCCUAUUUUUCUACUUGUUGAGAAAGUAGUAUUAGAAGAAUGAUGAGAGAAGCAGAGAAAGCUGUAGUUGGGAUGCUCCUGCCUCAGGCCUUUGGGAUACUGUGCAAGGAGCACUGUUUGCCUGCUGCAGGCCUGGCCUGAGGGUAAGGCCAGUUGCUGUUCUGCAAGUGCUUGGAUGGACCAGGGCUGGGUUGGCCUUGGAUUGCAGACCAGAAGUGGGGCCUAGAAGAUGAAGAUAAUUCCCAACCUUCCUGGCACUUCAGCCUUAUUUUCGUUCCUGACCCACACAUUAUAGAGAAACUCAAAAGAUUUAAUUUUGGUCCCUCACAUGUGUAAAAUGCCCCCAUCCUGCAUUUCUGACAAAUAUUCAUAUUUCCCAUAUAAUAAAAUAGUUAUUUUAAAUAUUUCUGUUAUUUGUGUUUUAAAGCUGAUUAUUGAUUGCAGUUUUCUGGCCUGCAUACUUUGUUUUUUGUUUUGUACUAGGGAUCAAACUUAUGACCUUGUGCUUACCAGGUAGGUGCUAUGCCACUGAGCUAUAUCCCUGGCUUGGCCUGCAUACUUUGAAAAUUAUACUUCCACAAAGCCUGGUUAGCACCAUUAAGGCCCCCUCCUCUGUGGUUCCAUUUUCCCUAAAGUACACUCCAGGAAGCACAGACAGUUGCAGUUCUACAACGGUUACAUAUAUGCUGUUGUUGCAGUGCUGAGCUGGCUCAGUGACUUGAUGGUUAUAUUGCAUAUGAACCCAGGUGCCAACAAGAUUUAGUAAAGCCCAUAGUCUGUUUUUCUAGCCACUCCGAGGGGACUAGUUGACGUGCAAAUGUCCUUUUCCAGCUCAAAAGUGGGUCUGUUGGUAAAUGUGGCCACAUGGUGUUGAUAAUUUAAAGAAUUGCUUUAGUAUGUGAUGUUGAUUUUAUAUCCUAUGUCAUAAGAAUGGCUUUUGUUUGUCUUGUCACGUACAAAUACCAUCUCCUCAUGAUGAAUGUAAUCAUGUACUGCAAACAUGUAUUAAUAAAAAUUUUUUAAAAGUGAAAA